AUGGAAAUUUCUAUAAACGUUUUUAUUUUCAUUUUGUACAGUUUGUUUAUUUUAUAUUUGCAGCAUUUUGUGAACAGAUAUACGGAAUUCGUACGCAGUCUCUAG